AUGAAGGCUGCUCAGAUCAUUAUACUUAUUCCUUCUUCACAGAGAAUCACAAUGAUAGAGAAGAUUUAUGAAGUGAGCUUUCUAAAUGUAAAAGAACUUCUGCAAAGAGCCACCCUUCAGAAGCAAAAUGCUUAUGCUCCGGAAGCAUCAUCAGUUAAUAAUCAUCCUGAUCAUUACUACAAAUCCUUGACAAAAUUCCAAUCAUCCAAUACAACAGCAAACGCAACAGAGUACAUUGAAAUCACAAAACCACCACCACCAAAUCCAAUCAAUCCAAAUUGCACAGUCCUUGUUCUUCAAAACGAUUUCAAUAACACAUACGGAUUACCACCGGCUUCAACAAUCUAUUCUCCACCUUCUAAUUGCACCGGUCCAUGGAAUCAGAUUUUCCUAGAGUACAGUGUGAGUGUUGAAGGUGAACAGUAUGAUAGAAUUUCAGGUGUUUGGCUUGACGGAGUUGAGAUUCUGAGAACAAGCACAGCUGAACCAAAUCCUUCUGGAAUCUAUUGGAAGGUUAGGAAAGAUGUUACUAGGUAUUCAUCAUUGUUCAAUCAAUCUAAUUUAACAUUGUCUGUGAUGCUUGAAAAUCUUGUUAAUGAUGAGUUUACUGGUAUUUAUCAUGUUAAUGUUUCAUUAUUGUAUUAUCGAGAUCAAGAUCUAAAUCCAGUUGAGCCCAUAGCACUCAAAUUGAAUAGAAAAAUUGGGGGUUUAUCUGAGACUAGUGUCAAGGGCAUGUACAAUGCUAAUGAGACAUCAGCAGAUUUGAUAAUUCCAGUUUCUGAUGAUGGGGGUGAAGGUUUUUGGUUUAGGGUUCAGAAUGAAUCUGAUGUUCAUACCAAAACGAUUCAGAUUCCACAGAAUACUAAAAAAGCUGUUUUAGAAGUUUAUGUUUCAUAUCAUGGGAAUGAUGAAUUUUGGUAUUCUAAUCCACCAAAUGAAUACAUUGAGUCGAAUCAUUUGACUACUCAAAGAGGAAAUGGAGCUUUCCGGCAAGUGUUUGUGACGGUGGAUGGGGUUACGGUUGGUUCUGUGACUCCAUUUCCUGUAAUUUUCACUGGUGGGAUUAACCCAUUGUUCUGGGAGCCUGUUGUUGCGAUCGGAGCGUUGAAUCUGCCUACUUAUGAUAUUGAUUUGACUCCGUUUCUCGGGUUGUUAUUAGAUGGAAAGAAUCAUUUUUUUGGUCUUGGUGUUACUGACAGUAUUUCAUUUUGGCUUGUUGAUGCAAAUCUACAUCUUUGGUUAGAUCAUGGGUCAGACGUUGUUCAGGCGAAAUCGGUUUUGUCUCUAACUCCUCCGAUUCAGUUCAAGAUUAAAUCUAAAUCCAAAGGUCUCAAUGGGAAGUUCAGCAUUAAAGGAGAAAGAGAAUUCGAGUACUCUGGUUGGGUUAAUUCAUCGGCUGGAAACUUUACGACUACAAUCCAGGAGAAAUUCAAAUUCAAGAAUAAAAUCAAGUUCGAUAACUAUGGACAAGAGAAGGAGGUUGAACAGAAGAUUAAGGUGAAAACAAAGAUUACAACGGUGAAUGAGAUUGGCCAGGAGAUUAGCAAAUCGAGUAUUAGUAGAAAUUACCCACUGGAAAUCAAGAUCUCGACCUUGCCCGGAGCUGAAAAGGAUACGUUUUUAUCUAUCACUAAUGUUACCCAUUCGCUGGAAGAGACGUAUACUCGUUCUUUAUCAUCAAAUGAGGAAAUUGAAAUCUCUGUCGAGAAUAGUCAAGAUUCAGGUGGAUGGAUGCUUAUUAAGGAUCAUGCUGUUUUGUCAGGGACAGGAACCACAUCCCAGGUAUUGAGUUACCAAGAUCAGAAUGGUUGUUAUAUUAGAAAUGUGACUGCAGCAAAUGGUAAGAUUUUACAGGACAACACUACUCUUACUUGUGUGGUGUCAUCGGUUUCUGCUUAG